AUGUGGAUGUGUGAAAUAAAACAAGCUCUUUUCUGUUUUCCUUGUUUACUUUUUGGUGGUGAAACAGCUUGGACUAAAAUAGGAGUCACCGAUUUGCAACAUCUAAAUGCAAAAAUUGUUAACCAUGAAAAUUCAUUCAAACAUAUUCACAAUGCAACAAACUUGAAUUUGUUAGGACAAGUUGAUAUAAGACAUCAAAUUGAUAUUGGUUAUAAAAUAGGUAUUCAACGCCAUAACGAAUUAGUAGACAAAAAUCGCUAUGUUCUAGAUAAAAUUCUAAAUUGUAUUAAAUGUUGUGGUAAACACGAAUUACCAUUACGAGGUCAUGAUGAAAAAACUUCUUCAAAAAAUCAGGGCGUUUUUCGUGGAAUACUCGACCUUUGUAUUGAUUUAGACUCUAUUUUGCGUGAUUAUUUUGAAAAAUCUACUGUUUUUAGAGGAAAUUCUAAAACAGUUCAAAGUGAUCUGUUGGAUUCUAUUCUAUCAGUAUGUCGAAAUAAAAUAGUAAAUGAAAUUCAACAAUCAGAAUUUAUUUCCAUAAUUGUUGAUGAAACCACUGAUAUUUCAAAUAUUUUUCAGUUGGUUCUUAUACUUAGAUACGAAGUACAAGGUCGACCUGUUGAGCGUUUUUGGGGUUUUGAGAAUCCAAAUGGACAUAAUGCCGAAGCAUUAUCACUAACUAUUUUUGGUUUAAUUGAUCCACUUCUAGAAAAAUCACCUAAUAAGUUGAUUGUUCAGUCAUACGAUGGUGUCGCCGACGCGCUACAGUCGGAUGGCAUGUGGAGGGGACUAGGACGUCGGCAACGACACACGACCUCGCCGCCGGCCGGGCUGACUGUCUUGUUCCGUACGCGAUACCGCGAAUUACCACCGCAUUGUUAUGAAGAGUUUUGA